AGAAAAUGAAGCGAGCCGACGAUUUUGAACUACGUCUCCCAUUAUGCCUCGCUCCAAAGUGCACGUGUCAUCGCAGCCAGCCAAACCGACCGUACGUCACAUUCCUGCAUUCCCUCUUUCCCCAGUCUGGGACCGCGGAGUUAGAGCACAGACCCUAAUCCUCAUUCCCACGCCUGUUUGGAAAAACACACACGCAUGACACGGCGGGUUUGACUGGAGAAGGUGAUCCCGGGUUCACCAGGAGUCCAAAACCCUCGUCGGGGCUCAGCCAGAAUUACGCUGCUGGGGCCAUAAAUCCUCUUUGCAUGGGUGGUGAACAAGACCUGAUGUAAAGAAGCUUAGAAUCCACGGACAGACAGGAGAAAGACUGAGUCUCUGUCAGCUGGGGUCAGGUGACCGACACCCAGGAGACGGAGGGUUUGAUGUGUGGUCUAGAGCAGCGGUCCCUGAGGACAGGUCGGCUGGUAUCAGCCGUUACUGUGGACUGGUCACUCUCCUCUGUCCCCCUCCUCUUCCUCUUCCUCUUCCCCACUUUUUCCUCCUUGUCCAUCAGCCGCAGAGUCGGUUGCCAUGGAGAACUCAUCAGUGGCAUCUGCAUCGUCAGAGGCUGGGAGCACACGCUCACAGGAAAUAGAAGAGCUGGAGCGUUUUAUCGACAGCUACGUGCUGGAGUAUCAAGUGCAGGGACUUCUGGGGGAAAAGGCAGACGGAGACCUGGAGUUGGACAAUGGUGGAAAGGUGCCCCAGUGGACAGAUGACUACAGUGACAAGAAAGACGGCAGCUGGACAUCUUCACGGGGGAGAGGUUCAUGUAAGCCGGAUGAGUGGGAACACAGCAGUGACGGCAGCACUGGCUCGCGGCCCAGUUCAGGGUCCAGACCAGGGUCUGGCUCUCGCUCCGGCAGCAGAGGCAGAAACAAUCAGUUCCAAGGUUGCACAAAGAACGGGAACAGAGAUCCAUCGUUUGACAUCCUGGGCACAGACAUAUGGGCUGCAAACACAAUGGACUCACGUGGCGGUGCAGGCUGGGACAUACAACCAGAGAAACUGGACUUCAGUCAUUUCCACAGAAAACCCUUUAAAGGAGCAUUAAAACAUCUGCCACACAUCGACAGAGAAGGGAUGAGUAAAAACAUGUUCGAAGAAGACGAUGGCAUCGACAUGAACGACAUCGAGAGGUUUCUGCCCAAUCUGCGCUCCGUCUUCCCACCACUUCCUAACGAGGCUGAGAUCGCACACACCAAAAAGCUCUCCCGACGCAGGAGAAAUGACCGACGAGCCAUUGAUCAGUUCACCCACGACCAGUUAACCGUUCUCCUGCCAACCGGCCCCGGGGGGAAGCGGAAAGUCUCAGCCAGGAGACAGCAGCGGUCUCAAGGAGGAGGAGGAGGAGGAGGAGGAGGAGGAGGAGGGGGGAAGAACCAGCCUCAGCAGAAUCAGCAGCAGUCACCGCAGCAGAAAAGAGAUCAAACGCAGCAGCAGCAGCAAUCUCCAAACCAGCAGCAGCCGAAUCUGACAGAAGUGGGCGAUAACAGAAACAACAGUUCUGACCGGCCGCCGCGCCAUUACCAAGGAGGACACGGCCAGCGGCAGGGAGGAGGCCCGCACUAUGCAUACAGCCAGAACAGGCGUUGGCACCACAAUCAGAAAGGUCAAGGCCAAGGUCAAGGACAGACACACUCUGCGGGCGAUAAAGGAGCGCCCGCGAGAACGACCAAAGACAAAGAGACGGAGAAUGUAAAAACAAGCGAGCAACAAAUCCGACCACCGUCGGACUGGACCAGUAAGAGUCUUUAUGAAUCACCAGUGACUGAGUCAACAGCCGUCACAAAUACUUUCCCCUUUAAUAAGGAGUCUCCCAAACCAGCGGGAGGCAGAGAAGCGGGCGAGCAGCCCCGAGUCAGUUUACUGCAGUCUUCAAAGGAGCGGCUGAGGAGGAGACUGAAGGACAAGGAGGAGGCACACGUCAACGCGUCGGGCUGCAGGUCUCGAAACAUGGAUCGACUGGUGGAGCUCCUCAACAGCAUGAGGAGCAACAGCACCGGGGUGGAGCGGCAGCUCACCUCCUUCAUGGAGGAAGCGCAAUGCUCGGCCCGCUCUGAGGAGUCCCUGACCCAGGUGGUCAGCACAAUCUACGCCACCGCCGUGUCGGACAGGAGCUUCGCUGCCACGGCCGCCACGCUCUGCGAUAGGAUGGCGCUGUUCAUGGUGGAGGGAACCAAGUUCAGAUCGCUGCUCCUCAACAUGCUGCAGAGAGACUUCUCCCAUCGAGAAGAGCUCCAGCAGUCUGACGUGGAGAAGUGGUUGGGCUUCAUCACCUUCUUGUGCGAGGUGUUCGGCACCAUGAGGAGCAGCUCUGGAGAACCGUUCCGGGUGCUGGUGUGUCCCAUCUACACGUGUCUACGUGAGCUGCUGGAGUCCACGGAUAUAAAAGAAGAUGCAGUGCUCUGCUGUUCCAUGGAAUUGCAGAGCACCGGGCGCCUCCUGGAGGAGCAGCUCCCAGAGAUGAUGACCGAGCUGCUAGCGGCCGUCAGAGACAAGAUGCUCUGUCCGGCUGAAUCCCAGCUGACCCGCUCCCUCCUUAUGGAGGUCAUUGAACUGCAUGCGCACCACUGGAGCCCCCUGGAGGCUCUCACCACUCAAUACUACAACCGUACCAUCCAGAAGCUCACCACUACUGCCUAGAUGCCAGCUUCCCCGGGAGAGGAGACAUUUUCCAAGAGUGCAUCAAUCCGCUCCUCUGCUCUGAGCACAAACCGCCGCCGUCACCGCCACCAUCCUGCUGUGGUUACUGAACAUAACUGAACGAUUGGGUCAUUUCUCCACCAUUGAUGAAUACUGCCGCGUACACCACACAGAUGCAGUAGUCCACCGUCACAGAGGCAUCGCACAUCAGGUGGGCAACCAUGACGGACU